AUGCCGCAGGGCGAGCACAUUGAGCUUCAUCAGAAGCGCCAUGGCUUCCGCUUGGAUCACUUCGAGCGGAAGCGCAAGCGCGAGGCUCGGCAAGUGCACAAGACGUCUCAGAUUGCGCGGAACACCAUCGGUCUCAAGGCGAAGAUGUUCGCGAAGAAGCGUUACCAAGAGAAGGCGACGAUGAAGAAGACUCUGGCGAUGCACGCGGAGCGGACGAACAAGCACAAGGCGGACGCGCCAGUGGCGGAGGGCGCGGUGCCGGCGUACCUGCUGGAGAGGGAGGCAACGGCGCGCGCCAAGGUGCUGAGCAACACCAUCAAGCAGAAGCGCAAGGAGAAGGCCGGCAAGUGGGACGUGCCUCUGCCCAAGGUUCGGCCGAUAGCAGAGGAUGAGAUGUUCAAAGUGGUCAGAUCAGGGAAGAGGAAAACCAAGCAGUGGAAGAGGCUAGUGACUAAAGUCACCUUUGUGGGCCCAGGGUUCACUCGUAAGCCACCCAAGUAUGAGCGCUUCAUCCGCCCCAUGGCUCUGCGUUUCACCAAGGCGCAUGUGACCCACCCAGAGCUCAAGUGCACGUUCCAUUUGGACAUCAUCAGUGUGAAGAAGAACCCCAACGGCCCCAUGUACUCGUCCAUGGGGGUCAUCACCAAGGGAACCAUCAUUGAGGUGAACGUGAGCGAGCUUGGGUUGGUCACACCAGCUGGCAAAGUCAUUUGGGUCCGCCGCAGCAAGGUAUGGUUCCCCCCCAAGCGCGCGUUGGCGGCGUGUCAGAGCUUCCGCACGACGCGGCACGCGGACAGCAGCGUGCGGCAUCACGAGCAGCCGGCGAAUCAGGCGCUCAUGCUCGAUCGCCUCGGCGACGACCCGCUGGCCGCUGCGAGCGGGCAAGUCGUCGUCGGCAGCGACCGACGGUGCGUGCGACGGGAAUCAGGGGGAAUUAGGAAAACUGUAGUGCAUUCUUUCUCGCGCACACUGCGAGGCGUAGCGUGCCGUCAUGAAGACAGCACCUAUAUGCUGGGCUCGCCCGCUCUCCCCUCACCUGCUCCUCCCUUCCUCCACACUCGGCCCCCCAUCACUGCUCCUUCCCUUGUUCCGCCGGUGUGUGCGCGCAGGUACCGAGUGGUGUACAGGCUGGUGAACAGCAUAUACGUGCUGGGGCUCAUGCUGGCGGACGACGACGAGACGUCGCUCAACGUCUACAGCUGCAUCAGCACCGUCAACCAGGCCGUCAGUGUGCUGGUGGCGGCGUGCAAGGGCGUGGAUGUGACACCAGAGAAGAUAUUUCGCAAGUACACUGAGGUCUACAUGGCGUUCUUCUACGUGCUACAGGGCAUCGGAGCGGCGCGCCUCUCCGCGGUGCUCUCGUACGUGGCGGGCGACGGGGCAGCGCUGCUCGUGCCGCUCGCCACCAACACGCUCGCCGACGGGGAGAAUCGAGCUCGCGGCGCUGCCAGCUGGCGCGUGGCCAACGCCGAGGCGGUGGAGCGACUGGCGAGCGUGGAGUACAUGUCAUCAGCGCACUUCGAGCUACCAGAGGAGGCCAUAGCAGCAGGCGACGAGACAAUGGAGGCGUUCGCCCCGGCACCCUCCCAGCCCGCCUUCGAAGCCCCCCCCGCGCCCCCCACGCCCUCCCCGCGCCCCUCCGCGGCCUCGGACCCCCUGGCGGCGCUGGCGCUGCUGGGCUCCGCGGACGACCCCUUUGCCGCCAGUGACAGCCUGCUGGGGGGCGGGGGGGGCGAGCUCGCGCUGCUGGACGCGGGUCCUGGGGGGGCGGGGGGGGUGGGGGAUGUGGCGGCAGCAGGGGGUGCGGGGAAGAGGCCUGAGAAUGAUCCCGCAUCGCUGCUUGCGGAGCUCGAGGCGGGGCUGUCCUCCGCCCCCCCCCCCUCCGCGCUGGACCCCUUCGCGUCAGACAGCAUGGCGGACGCGUUUGGGGCGGACCUGGAGGCGGAGGGGCUGGGGGGGCUGGCCGCGCUGGGGGACGACGAGGGGGACGACGCCUGGGGGACGGCCUUCGGGGGGAGCGCGCUGCUGGGGGGGGAUGGGGACGCGUGGGGGGGCGGGCUGGACGCAGCAGAGUUUGGGGUGGAGCAGGGGGAGGAGGACGCCUUUGGGCUGGGCGGCGGGGGGGACCUGGGCGCGGCGCUGGGGGGGGGAGAGGGGGCGGCAGGGGGGUCAGCGGUGGCUGCAGCACGGCAGCUGGAGGUGGCUCUUGGGCUGGGCGCCAUGGAUGCCCCAGCAGCCAGCACCCCGCCAGCAGCAACAACACCGGCCACGCCAGCAGGCCCCGUGCAGCCCAUGUUCCGAGUGGAGGAGCGCAUCAGUGCGGACUUCCUUGGGUCCUCGCUCACGCGCGUGCGCCUCUCCGGCACCGUCUUCCUCGCCCUCCCAACGCCCAAGGCCGCAGCGCUCGCUGCAGGGGGGGCGAUGGGGGGUGGCGGUGGCGCUAUUGGUGGGGGAGGCGGGGGGGCGAGAGUGGCGGGGGUGGGUAGAGGAGCGGAGAAGGAUGCGAGUGUGCCUGAUGAGUUCUCCUUCCGAUUGGAGGGCUCUGGCGCCAUCAAGGUGCGUGCCCUGCCCUGCUGUGUUCUGCAGGAACCCUUGCCUCUCCUCUCCUCCCCCCACUGCAUUCCCUCACAUGUUCCCCCUCCCGUCCACACGCCCCUCUGCUGCAUAGUGAGCGACCUGGGGAAGGGCUAUUUCCACUUCCGCAUGCCUCCCCCCGGCACCACCUUCCCCCCGCUCUCCGCCCCCUCCGCUGUCACAGCCUCCCCCCAGCCGCCCCCCAUGGCGGACCUGCUGGGGGAGGGGGACGAGGGCAUGGGGGAGGUGGUGAAUCCGGGGGAGGGGGAUGGGUGGGGGCGAGAGGGGGAGGGGGCGGGGGGGGCGGAGGGGCGGGCGCAGGAGUUUGUGCUGAUGAAGUAUCGCCUGCAGCCGCGGUACACGCCCAUUCCACUGCGACUCAGGUUCGUGACAAGGAGGAGUGAUGAAGCGCUCUCACUCAUGAUCCAGUACGUGGCGAAUCCUUACCUGCAAGCACCACUGCUCAACGUCACCUUCAUCCUCUCCCUCGCCUUCUCGCCCGCCUCCCUCCGCCUCAACCCAGAGUAA